AUGAAUUUCAAUCUGUUCAAACCGAAACAGAAAACCCCUCCAGAAUUAGUGAGAAAUCUCAAAGAUGCAGUUCACAGGCUCGAUACUUCCGACAAAAGAAAGGCCAAUGAGGAUAUUUCCAAAACCCUCCUCGCGAUGAAAACUAUUCUGUAUGGCGAUGGUGACAAUGAUCCCAUUCCGGAACAAGUAGCACAACUAUCACAAGAAGUGCAUAAUAACGAUUUGCUUCAGCUUUUGGUAUUCAACAUGCAAAAGUUCGAGUUCGAGGCACGAAAGGAUGUAUCACAGAUAUUUAACAACCUUUUGAGGAGACAAAGUGGUUCUAGAUGGCCCACGGUUGAGUAUCUUUGCACACGCGAAGAAGUCCUGUUUACACUCUUGAGAGGAUACGAACAUCCUGAUAUUGCUCUUAACUGCGGUUUAAUUUUGAGAGAAUGCCUCCGUCACGAAGCUCUGGCCAAGAUUUAUCUCUACUCUCCAGAUUUCUACUUAUUUUUUGAAUAUGUGGAGAUGAGUACUUUUGAUAUCGCAUCUGAUGCGUUCGCAUCUUUCAAAGAACUGCUGACCAGACACAAGCAGUUGGUAGCGCAGUUUUUGGAGACAAACUAUGACAAGUUUUUUGACCACUAUACCAAACUCCUGAUGUCAUCAAACUAUCUCUUGGGCGAGAUAUUACUGGAUAGAUCAAACUUCAACGUCAUGACCAAAUACAUUAGCAGCGCUGACAACUUGAAGCUCAUGAUGAAUUUAUUGAGAGACAAGAGCAGAAACAUUCAAUUCGAAGCUUUUCAUGUUUUCAAGGAAACAAAUCCAAAUAAGAACAAACCAAUCUUGGAUAUAUUAACAAAGAACCAAGAGAGGCUGAUUGUAUUCCUCAGUAAUUUCCACAACGAUAGACAUGAUGACGAACAGUUCAACGAUGAAAAGGCUUUCCUACUCAAACAAAUACAGGAUCUUAAACCCGCUCAUGACUAG